GAGAGAGAGAGAGAUGGAUCUCUUAGUGUUGAUACUGUGUGCUUACCUCGCUUGGAGUCUGGUCCAAGCUCUUCGUUUCAUCACCAAGAAGACCAAGCCAAGCCCCUCCAAUCUCCCGCCCGGCCCGCCACCUCUCCCGGUGAUCGGUAACCUCCUUGAGCUCGGAAACCUCCCUCACAAGUCCCUCGCCAAGCUCGCCCACACUUACGGUCCCGUCAUUAAGCUCCAACUUGGGGCCAUAACCACCGUCGUCAUCUCAUCGCCCACGUUGUCCAGAGAAAUCCUCCAGACUCACGACGUUUCGUUCGCCAACCGCAUGAUUCCCGAUGCCGUCACCGCCUUCAAUCAGGGCAUGCACAGCUUGCCUUGGGUCCCCGUCUCGCCUCUAUGGCGGAACCUGAGGAGGAUAUUCAACGUGCACCUAUUCUCCAACAUGAAGCUCGACUCCACUCAGCACCUGCGCCGCAAGAAAGUCCAAGAACUCCUAGCGCAUGUGGAGACAAGCGCUCGCGUCGGCGGUGAAGUGGAAAUCGGCGAAGCGGCUUUCACGACGUCCAUAAACUUUUUGGCCGACGCCAUGUUCUCUCUGGAUUUGGUGGACCGUUCUUCGGGUUCGGCGAAAGAGUUCAAGGAGACCGUUUGGCAAAUCAUGGCCGAGGCCGGGAAGCCUAACGUGGUGGAUUUCUUCCCGGUGCUUAGGAAGAUCGACCCGCAAGGCACGAGGCGUCGGAUGACGAGGUACUUUGGGAAGAUGUUCGAUCUGUUCGAUCAAUUGAUAGAGGGGCGGCUGCGGCUGAGGGAAACGCCCGGCUCACCGAGGACGAACGAUGUGCUUGAUUCGCUUCUUGACAUGUGUGAAGAUAAGGAGGAGGACAUGGACAAGUCCCAGCUCAAGCCCUUGUUACUGGACGUGUUUGUCGCCGGAGCCGAUACUACGUCAAGCUCGGUGGAAUGGGCGAUGGCCGAGCUACUCCACAAUCCCGAGAAGCUGUCGAAAGCCCAGGCCGAGCUCCAUCAAGUCAUGGGCAAAGGCAGCCUCGUCAACGAACCCGACGUCGCCCGCCUGCCUUACUUACAGGCCAUUGUCAGGGAGACAUUCCGGAUGCACCCGCCGGUGCCGCUCCUCCUCCCCAGAAAAUGCGGGGCGGAUUUGGAGGUGGGCGGAUACACCAUCCCCGAGGGGGCACAGGUCUUCGUCAACGUGUGGGCGAUAGGGCGAGAUCCGACCCUAUGGGAGGAUCCGGAUGUGUUCUCGCCGGAGAGAUUUCUAGGGUCCGAAGUGGACGUGAAGGGACAUGACUUUGAGCUAACCCCGUUUGGCGGAGGGAGGCGGAUAUGCAUAGGCUUGCCUCUGGCCUUGAGGAUGCUGCACAUGAUGUUGGGAUCGCUCCUUAAUUGCUUCGACUGGACGCUUGCCGAUGGGGUCGUGCCUGAAGAUAUGAGCAUGGAGGAUAAGUUCGGCAUCACCUUAGGGAAGGCCCAACCUUUGAAAGCCGUGCCCGUGCAGAUCUGAUGAACCCACUCGUGACUCUCUAUAAUGACAUGGUCGUUCGUAACUACGAUUUCGUCGUUCAUGUAAUUAUAGCAGUCGAUAAUCUGAUGUCGUUGCUUCCUGGCGAAAAUUAAAGUUUCAAA